UGAUACUGCUCAGCAAAAGGUAUUGCUUUGAGGCAAAGGCUUGAAAAUAAUUAAAUUCUCUCCAAAAAGACCCGAAGCCAUAACACCUCCUUUCACCAGUGCCAGCUGUUGGUUCCAGUGGGAACACUGCAUGGGAACAUGGCGGCCCACACUUCUCACACAGACGGGAAGGUGGCAGAGCCUUCUGGGGGAAGCCCCCAGCCGCCCACGCCGCCGAAGCCGGGAGGGGUGAGGUCUGGAGCGGGCUCCUGGCCGCCAAACCCUCCUGGCAGGGCGGUGCAGGGUAGCGAGCGGCGGCCGGGCCCUGUCCCGCCCGGUGCUGGCUGCCGUUCCAGCCAGGGGCCAGGGCUCGGCUGUCGGCGGGCAGCCCUUCGCCUCCAAAGCGCUUCCCCAUGCGACGGGACGGUCAGGCCGUGCCCGCACCGGCGGAGGGGCCAGCCACAGCCGCCGGGGGGCACCGCGCUGGGCCCGGGGACCCGGGGGGCAGCGCGGGGGCCGCCUGGCACACACCAGCCUGCAGGACCGUGUCGGGCAGUGCUGGGCCCGCCCCGACCCCCGGCAAAGGCGGCAGGGCCUGCCGGCCCGGAGGGGGCCUCGGCCCCGGCCCCGGCCCCGGCCCCCGCCCCCGCCCAGGGGCGGCCGGCCUCCCGCCCACCGCGGCCCCGGCCCGGCCCCCGGGGUGGGCUCAGCCCGCGGCUCGCCAGGCUGCCGCCCCCCGCCUCCGCGGCCAUGGCGUCCCUGCUCGGCCUGGGCCUGCUCCUCGCCGCCGCCGCCACGUCGCCGGGCCGCCUAGUCCCCUACGACCUGCUGUACGCGGACGGGGUGCGGGCGUACUUCGCCCGGGACUGGGGGCGGGCGGCCGAGCUGCUGCAGCGCGCCCUGCACAGCUACGCGGGGCUGCGGGCGGCCCGCCGCGCCUGCCGCGCUGCCUGCCGCCGGGAGGCGGCCUUCCUCGGCGGGCCGCCGGCGGGCAGCGGGCCCUGGGAGGCCGCGCUCUUCGGGCGGGUGCUGCAGCGCGCCGACUGCCUGCAGCACUGCCUGGGCCGGCGGCUGGGCGCCGCGCCCUCCGCCCACCGCGCCAGCCUCGCCAUCCGCCGCGACUUCCAGCAGCGGGAGCCCUACAACUACCUCCAGGUCGCCUUCUUCCAGCUGAAGAAGCUGGAUCAGGCGGUGUCCGCCGCUCACACCUUCUUCGUCGCCAACCCCCAGCACCUCCAAAUGCGGGAGGACAUCGAGAAGUACCGUCGUAUGUCAGGGGUGAAGUCAGACAAUUUCCGGGACCUGGAGGCCACACCACACUGGGAAGCAUAUGAGGCUGGGGUGCAGCACUACAACGCAGAUGAGUACGUGCAGGCUGUGGCCAGGCUGGAGGAGUCACUCACAGAAGCACUGUCAGCACUGGAAGAGUGUCGUGCCCUGUGUGAAGGGCCUUGGGAGGAUGAGGUCGAGGAGGAGGAGGAGAUGCAGCCUGGCCUGUACGAGGCCAUUGCAGCCCAUUAUAUUCAGGUUUUGAAGUGCAGGCAGCAAUGCGUCCUUGAAAUUGCCACAAAGCCAGGGCGGAUUUCUGCCACAGAAGAUUUCAUACCCUCUCAUCUUGAUUUACUGCAGUUUGCCUAUGAUCAAGUUGGGAACCAGACACUGGCUGCUGAAUGUGCUGCUUCCUACUUGCUCUUCUAUCCCACGGAUGAGCUGAUGUUGGAGAAAAUGAGAGAGUAUCGCACAGAACUGGGAGAAGACACAGCUAUCACAGCCAGACAGAAUAUUGAACAUUAUGUGCAGAGAUCUCUGAUGGAGAAGAAGUUGAUUUAUUAUGCAGUGGAGCAUCUAGGAGGAGCGUUUAACGACCCUGAUCUUUGGACUCCAGAUGACCUGAUUCCUGAAAACCUCAAGGGAAAACACAGAGAGGAUCAGGAGAAGCAAAAGCAGCAAACUCUGGAUGUGGAAGAGUGGGAGAAGAGGGGUCCUUUGCCUUUUGAGAGUAUUGCUGUCACGAUGGAUUCCCGCCAGAUGAAUGGAACCCAGAGGGUCGUAUUUGACAGAGUGCUGACGGAGUCUGAGUGCAGGGACCUUCUGCGGCUGACAAAGGCAGCAGGAGAAGCAGGAGAUGGCUUCCGGGCAAGACGGUCGCCUCACACCCCACAUGAGAGAUUUGAAGGCUUAACUGUUUUGAAGGCCGCACAGCUGGCCCAGAAUGGGGAUGUGGACUGGAGAGAUGCCAAAUUGCUUCUGCAGGCCAGUGAGAAGUCGCGGAGAAUCAUAGAGUCCUAUUUUACUCCUGGAAAGAAACUCCAUUUCUCAUUCACACACCUUGUGUGCCGGACGGCUGUAGAUGAGGAGCAGGAAGGCCGCAUGGAUCUUAGUCACCCUGUCCAUGCUGAUAAUUGUCUCUUGGAUCCUGAGGGGCAAGAGUGCUGGAGAGAGCCACCUGCCUAUGUGUACAGGGACUACAGUGGCAUUCUCUACCUCAAUGAUGACUUCCAAGGUGGGGGCCUUUUCUUCACUGAAAUGGACACUGUGACUGUCACAGCUAAGGUGCAACCUAAGUGUGGGAGGUUGGUAGCCUUCAGCUCUGGCAAGGAGAACCCCCAUGGCGUGUGGGCAGUGAGCCGUGGAAGGCGCUGCGCCAUUGCUCUGUGGUACACGCACUCCCAGGAGCAUGCUGAGCAGGAACGGGUAAAGGCGGAGAAGCUGAUGGAGCAGAGAGCUGUGGAGCAGGACCGGCCUGAUGGAGAGCGUCGGGGGGCUGAUCGCAGCGGCAGAUCCUCCGCAGAGCCUCCCGUUCCCAGCGGCGGAGCCAGGCCCACGAGCCAGAGACAGAAGCCUGGCUCAGACGGGACACAGCAACCCAAGGAGCUGCGGGCCAGAGAUGAGUUCUGAGCACAUGGGGCCCCGGGGGCAGGACUGGCACACACCAUGGCCUGGUGGGUUGUGGUAGCACCGGGACCACGGAGGCCUGUAGCGCAGUGUAUUAGCAUGCUAGAGCUGUAGCGAUGGGGAGGGAUGCAGCUUUCUUCUCUGUGACAUCCCAGCAGCUGAAAAAUGGGUGCAGGGACAGAGUAUGAAAGUUGGUGACACCAGGAACUUCCUUCCCUGCCUCACCAAUGUGUCUGUCUCACUCAGAAGUGAGAAGAUCGGGUCUCCUCACCCGACUCCUCUGAGUGCCAGCUUCUCUGUCAGCCAGGGCCAAACCUGAGGGGGAGGAGGAGCCUGGGGUCUUUCAGCGAGGGCUGUCUCACGUUAAAGAACUCAGAACGGAAGCCUCUGCAUUUCCUAAGCGCCUGUAAACUCCAGAACCUCACAACUAGUCUGAGGGAGGGAAGGUGAGGGACUGUGAAUAUAUGGAAUAAAAGCAAAAUUUUGGACACAGA